AUGCAGAUAUUGGUCGAGUGGGACGAAAAAUGUGAAGACGCGUUCAGGCAAUUGAAGGAGUACCUCACGACCCCACCAAUUCUUGCGAAACUUGAAGAGGGAGAAACCCUACUCCUAUACAUCGCCAUAUCUAGCACGGCAGUUAGUGGAGUCCUCGUCCGCGAAGACCAAGGAGAGCAAAGGCCAGUCUUCUACGUCAGCAAAACCCUCAACGAUGCCGGGACGCGGUAUCCAACCUUGGAAAAGCUGGCACUAGCUGUAGUCAUCUUGGCACGAAAGCUCAGGCCAUACUUCCAAUCACACUCAAUCACCGUCUUCACUAGCCAACCACUGCGCCAAAUUCUUCAUGGCCCUAACCAAUCCAGGAGAAUGGCCAGAUGGGCAAUCGAUCUAUCCGAAUACGAUAUCGAGUUCAAGAGCCAGAAAGCGCCAAAGCAAGUCCUCAAGUGUACACUACAUGUCGACGGAUCAUCCUCCAAGCAAGGAGCGGGCGUCGGCAACAUCUCGUCUCCCCCCACCGGCAAAGUCCUCGAACAAUCACUCAAGCACGGCUUCCCAGCAUCCAACAACGAAGCCGAAUACGAAGCAAUCAUUUCCGGACUUCGUCUCACCAAGGAAGUCGAAGCCAAACAUGUGCACGCAUUCUGUGAUUCCCAGCUCGUCGCCAAGCAGUUUAGCGGCGACUACGACGCGAAAGACGAUCGCAUGGAUGCGUAUCUCAAGCAAACGCAGGAACUCGCCAAGACAUUCAAGACAUUUGAGCUGACAAAGAUCCCUCGCUCUGAGAACUCCGAGGCCGACGCACUUGCCGCCUUGGCAUCCAAAACUGAAUCAGCAUUGCGACGAGUCAUCCCGGUCGAAACCAUCGACCAACCAAGCAUCAAACUCCCCAAGGGAACGCUUGUCAUGGCCAUCUCCUAA